CGUUAGUCUGAAUAUUGUCUGAGGGUGGAUGUAUUCAUUCAUUCAUUAGGUCAUCCAUCACCAUUCGUGAACACACGAAAAUUGGCCUCGUUCUGUACAAACGAUCAAGAGUGAUGUCGACGAGACAUGGAUCCAUGAUCGUCUAUGUGAGGUGUGAAAGCGGAAUGUCACCUUCCUGAGCCGAGAUUCGCUGAGCCAUCAAGAUGAGUAAACAGGAAUCCAUUAUUAGGGUUCUCGAGGUGCAAAUCUUCCUACUCAUCUUGCCGUUAAUCGCGGGUAUUCCACUGCCAUGGCCUGACCCUCGCCCCCAGAUUAUCGUGAGGUCGCAGAAUCUGCUCUAUCGGAACCAACCGGGUCGGCAAAUCGAUCUCACGGGAGCCUUGCCCACCUCGGAAGUGUUCUGGCUGAACUUUGAGGAGGGAUACUUUGCUUGUCAGAUGAAUACGUCAGAGAAAUUCCUGAAGCUAUUCCAACUAUCCAGACUCUGCGAUGGCGUCGACGAUUGCUUCAUGGGCAGUGAUGAGCUGAGGGACGAGCACAAGUGCUCCGAAGGUUGCGGGUCAACCUGCCAAUUUGGUGUGUGCAUUACGACCAAAACCAAUGGGGAUCGCUGCCUGUGCAAUGAGGGCUUUGGAGGUGAAGGCUGUGAUAUUGCAGACACGAAUGAGUGUCGCUAUAAACCCUGCUCCAUGUUUGCGGAGUGUACGAACACCCUUGGCAGCUUCCAAUGCAAAUGCCUGCCAGGCUAUCAAGGCGACGGAUUUCAUUGUGAAAGCAUUCCCGUCAAUAAUGAUACCAGUUCGGAUGCAUCGUCGGGAGUGAGUGACCAGUUCGGUGACCAAGACGAUGACAACUCAAAUGUGAUAGGAGGGGGAGUAGGUGGCCUUUUUGCACCGGCGAAAGAUGGGUCUUCUAAUCAAAAUGAGGUAGUGAAUGACACCUUGUCAGAAAUAUCCAAACCCGUUGCUCCUAGUCACGUCCCCGGGAAUACCUCAGCAGAUCAACAUGAUGAUGUCCCGUCAAGUGUCAAAGAGGGUGGAGAGUCUCACGGUUUGUCUGCCAAUCAACAGCCUUCAAAUCGGGGCGAGGAUUCGGAAAAAAGUGAGGAUGCAAUCGUCUUCCCAACGGGAAACCUGCCAAGUUCAGAGGGUAAUCAAGUCAGAACUGACACCAAAGAGGAUGGUAAUCAUGAUGGGGGUUCGUCAUUGGCCGGGGACGUUCGGGAGGAUCCCAUAGUUGUGGGGUUCGAUCCCAAUACGUUCGAGCCAAUUUUCAGUCCAAAAGAGGAACCCGCGGCGUCCACCAAGGGCCCGUUUAUUGACCUUGGCCUGGACGACCCAAUCAAGGCUCUGAGUGAAAUUCUUCGCGACAAGACAUUUGGUCCAUCCGAAGGGCCCGAUCAACGCACUCCAGAAAAAUCAGAUAGCCCCAUUACGAUCAAUUAUGAUUUGGAUUAUGAAUACCCUGAAUUAGGCUUAUCUCCAUCCUCGCCACGGACGUCUGAUCAACCAAUAACCAUCCUUUAUGACUUGGACUAUGAUUACCGGGAAAAUAGCUUGGAUCCUGAUUUUGUUCCGGAAACCACUGAAGAGCAAUCAUCGUUGGAAUCUUCAAACGAAACAAUAGCGAACGAUCAAAGCUUGCCUGAUUUCAUCGCUCCCGAGCAAAUGUCUGAUGAACCUACCAAUACCCAACAUCCGAUUGGGCAGCAACCAAUGAACAUUUUACCUAAUGAAAGGAAGAAAGAAAGAGUGCCAUCGGUUUCCAAUUCAGCCUUGGAUUUUACACUCAAUUCAAAUAAUAACGAGUCAGAGGACAUUUCCAAUGAGGAUGCUCUCAUUCAACCUUCUGGUCCAGCUCUUUUGCCAGAUCUGAGCAGAGAAAGGCCAACCACUGAGAAAGAUACUCAAAGUUCUGCCGGUGAAUCGGACGAAAUAUCACAAGAGUCUCUAAUUCCAGAAACGACACCAAAAAUCAUUUCUGACCCCAUUAGAGAGACUUUCCAGGAAAUGGUUGCUCAAGACAACAUCUUAAAACCAUCCACAACUGGGCCAAACCAAGAGAUUGAAGAAACCCUCUCUACUUUGGAGAAUACAUCCCCCGAGAUUUCUAAAUCUGACACUGACACCGAGUUUGUCCAAAAUGAGAUGAAAUCUAAUCCAGAUGUAGAUUUUAGGACGACUCUUGUUCCCGACCAUGCUCGAAAUCGACCAACAGAAAUUCAAUCAACCUUAGACAAUAUUAUGUCGUCUACUUCCAAACCUUCAAAUAGAUCGGGGCCUCCCUUAAACCAAAAAGAGAUUGAAGCUUUUUCUUCUGAAUCAAGUUUCAGUGGAUCAGAUGUUGCUCCAUUUGAUGGGAAUAAUCCGAUUCCCAAUAUCGGGACCAAGGCUACUCCAAAAGAAAACCUUGUGCCUGUUGAAGAGGUAGUUUUCAUACCUGAACAUGCCGGGGAAAAACCCACGGAGGUUUCGAGUAGCAAGGGCAGCUCAAGAGUGUCGACAAUGCCGCCAUUCUUUCCAGACAACAUUCAAGAUGAUAAUUUGGACCAAAGUUCUACCAUGGUCCUUCAAGAUGACGAACCCGGACAAAGUCAAGCCAUUGAUCCGUCGACUACGUCUGGAAUAAAACAACGUCUUAAUUCUGUGAAAGAUACCAUUGCUGUUGGAAGCCCUGAUGAGACGAAUCUGUUUCAAGGGCCAAUUUCAAAACCAAAUCUUAUUCCUGAUCAUACAAAGGACAAACCAACGGAACUUGUGGAGGAUGUGAAAGAUUCUGGAGCCUUGAACGCUUCUAGCAAUGAAGAUGCGAUCAUUGAAUUUGGUGACUCGUUGAGUUCCAAUGAAAAACCAACUCUUCUUCCAGAACAUGCAUUGCACAAGCCAACGGAAUUUGUCCCAAGUAAUGUUCACUCUCCAGUAAAGACAUUUACUCAUGACAUGAUAAAGAAUCCGGGUCAAGAACCAAUGCUGAUCCCGGACCAUGCUAAAGGCAGGCCAACCACAUUAUUUUCCAAUGGAAGCCCUACCAACUCUUUCCUUCCAUCUGGGCUUGAAGACCAUUUGAAAUCCAACCAGGUUUCCAGCAACGAGCAUUUCAUUCCAGAGCACGCCAGAGAUAAGCCAACAGAAUUUGCUAUUGGUGAAAUUGGUUCUCCAGUAACAGAAAACUCACAGAGCAUUCAGGACAACUUAAACCAAGAACAAGUCCUUCUCCCAAAGGAACCAACAACUUUCGUUCCUGAUGAAAGCUCUAGCAAAACCAAAAUUGGAUCCGAAGAUCCUUUGAAAGCCAAUCCAGAGAAUGGUCAAGAGUAUCUCAUUCCGGAUCAUGACAAAGAUAAACCAACAGAACUUGUUCCCAAUGACGCUAAUGCUCCCGUACUAGUAACUGAAACCUCUCAUGACAUUCAGAUGGGUUCAGACCAGGAACAGAUCCUGAUUCCAGAACAUGCCAAAGAAAAUGCCCCCAUUAUUGGUCCCCAUUCUUUUGAACCACCGGAAGUACUUGCACCCCAAGAACCAAUGCUUAUUCCUAAUCAUGAAGGACAAGAACCAACAAAGGGAAUUUCCAAAGCUGAAAUCAAAACAGACUUGAUGACUGAAUCACCCGAUGGUUCUGCUAUUCCUCCUUGGGUCUCUGAUCCUAGUGAAAACGAACCAUUUGGUGGGAUCAAUACACCAAACCAACCAGGUUUCUCUUUAAGGCCAUUUAAACCAUCCCUGGUUCCGGAUCAUGCCCAAGAGAGACCUGUCGAAAUAGUUUCCGCUGAGGUGCCAUCAACAAUAAAUCCACAAGGAAGACCUGUUAGCAACUUUGUUCCUUCGCCUGAUUUGAGGAAGCCUGACGUCAUUGGCGAGAAGCCAACAGAUAUGAGUUCUAAUAACCAGGACCAAAAGAGCCCUAAUGUCAAUCUCUUCGAGUUUUUGGCAUCUUCGACGCCUUUCAGUCGCACGGAUGAGGAUUUUCCCAAUGACGAGCAAAGUAAUUCUGGAAAUUCAGUCACUCUUUUGUACGACUUGGAUUACGAGUUGGACCCUUCUGACCAAAUACAAGAUCAGUUUGAAACUACAUCAUCGGUUUUGCGACCUGCUGAAGAAGCACCAACUUCUUCAAACCCAGUCAAAGUUAUGUUUCAAACUAACAAUGGGGAUAAGAACAAUCAAAUACCUCAUUUGUCGAUCGACGUGGAUCCAACUUUGGGCUUGGUCAGAACCACUACUGUUGCUUCCAUUGACCAAACUGGAGUAACACCUGAGCAAGAGGAACCCUCCGAAAAUCAAAGAGCAACAACUUCAAGGCCCUUUGAAGUCAAAUUUUCACUACCAGAUGUUCAGCUCCCGUAUCCUCCAUCAGACUCAAAUGUGGAUAUUUCUCCACAAUUUGAUACCAAUGUCCAAAUUUCUGAUGAUAACAUGGGCAAUGUGGGUCUCUCUACAGACGCUAAAGCAAGUGACAAUGAAAAACAAUAUCCUGGAGAGAGUUCAAAUGCUCCCCAAGAUACAUUUAAUCCUGUGGUUGUUGCUGGAAACGUUCCUGAUCUCUCCAAUGUCUUUAAAAGCGCUACUGACAGGUCACCUCCUGUCGUUGAAACUACUCAAUCAAAUACAUUACCUGCGUCCGAAGCGCCAUUCACACCGAUAACAUCAACAACGACUAAGUUGUUCUUCACAUUUGGGUCAACUUCGUCAACACCAUCGUCUAAACCGGUAACAACAAUCAAAACAACAACCAUGUUGCCUGAUUUGGUAUCAGAUUCAUUUGAUUCAGAGUUACCCGGGGCAAACGAUCCCUUGUUCACCACUCCUCGAUCAACAACAACAGCAGCAACAGCAACAACAACAAUGGGCAUUCAAUCUUCAAAUUCAGAUGAUUUUAACUUCAACGAUUUUGUUGAACCCGAGUUUGGCGAGGUCAACCCCGAAGAGCCAACCCAAGUCGAUGCAUUCCCGAUUACGACAGACAAGAAUUUAAACACUGAAGAGGGAAUACCAAUCUCGAUAAAAGACAUGGACUCCCACGACGUGAAAUCACCAACUGAGAAGCCAUUAAAUACCAACAUCUCGCCGGUUGAUUUCUCACAGCCCACUUUAAGUGUGGAUUUGGAAUCAAGCACAUCCUCAAAUAUUAUAGCAAGACCAAGCACACUAUUAUCAUCAAGCGAAUCACCCGAUUUGAUCUCGAGUUCUCAGUCAAACUUUCCAGAUUCACCUAUAGUUUUUCCCACUUCCACAAACACUCCUAUAGUCACUUUGACGAAUCAAGGUGACGACAGUUUGGGAAUUCAGGACGAAACAUCUGAGCCACCUACAAGAGCUCAAUUGCCAGAUCAGAAUUUGCUCAAGAACCCGUUUGAUCCAUUUCCCAUUCCGAAUUUGGAAUUAGGAGUCGACUUCGAUGGAAAUGGGUCAAAGGAAUUCGAGACUAAACACCACUCUCCAAAGGUAGAUCAAGGGGAAAUUCGGAAUGAAGGCAGAGAAUCAUUCGAGGAGGAUUUGGAGGUACAAAUUCCCAUCAAUAAUUACCCUCAAUUUGAAGUCGAUCUCAUACGUGGCCGAGUCAAAGAGGCAACAACGACGACUCAAUCACAGUUUAAUGGGAUCAAUCCCAGGUUUCCUUUGAAGGUUCAUGAUACGCUUGAGGAACAUCUUGGAGUACCGAUUCCAUCCAGAACCGAUGGUCUAUUUAAAGACACCCCGCCACAAAAGACAUCCAGUGAUACCUCAAGCCAUUCCGGCCAAGACUCGAAAGUCAAGUAUCCACUUCAAGAGCAUUUCGAAACCUCAGUCCCACAUGAAAGUUCAAAUAGUCCCACUGAACGAGUUCAAACUGACUCUGAAAAAUCAAGUUCAAAUCCGGAAAUGGAUGAUUUGGAACCAUUUGAGGCACAAUCCGAGGAGCUUGAUGAGACUAAUGGGUCUCAAUCCAUCCUGGAUGUGCUCCAGCCAUGCUCUAUUGGUUAUUCAAAUUGCGGUUCAGGCAAACCAAUCGACCAGGACGUCGACCAAGUUUGUCAGAAGCAGUUCAAUCAAUGUGCGAUUUCACGGCUCAACACCGCCCAAACACUGGAGAGUGACAUUCGCAACCAAUUGAUCAAUUCUUUCCAAUCUUCUCCGGAUCUCUUGCAGUGUAUUCUUACUCAUCAAGCAUGCAUUGUGCCGAAUAAGAAAAUGUGCAUGGCUAAUUUCCAGCACUGUGCCUUGAACGCUUUAAAUGGCAUCUCCAGACUCACGACUCCGUCAAGCGUUGCCAAGCAAGCUCCUCAACCAACGACACCCACAUCGACAAUUCGCGAGGGUGUUCCGCAAGGGCCCACUAAACUUGAUCAAGCAGCCAUUGAAGAGUUAAUGGGCACGCUUCAACAAAAUUUCACCAUCUGUAUUCAAAGCCACACGGUGUGCCUGGAUAAUGGGAUCUCCCACGCCAUUUGCCAACACAGCUUCAAAGAGUGCAGUCUUGCUAUCCUCGUGGACUCAAAAUUGAAUGAGACAAGCCUAUUUGAACUUGAGGAACAGGUAGAGGAAACACAAGACCAGCCGCUUGCCACGGAGCUGUAUCAAUGCAUUCGAAACUUCAUGAUGUGUCAGAUGUCCAAUCAAAACCGAUACUGUAUGAGGGAUUACCAAAAGUGCAGUCUUUCGGCCAUGCCUCAAAAGAGCACUUCGUCCCCCAGGCCAACCACAAGGUUGCCCAAUGUUCCACCCAGACGAGCUCGGCCAUCUCAAAUUCAUUCUAAUCCUCGACCUAUCGAACCCGCUUUGAGAUCUCCCGGAGGUUUCAUUUUGGGCCCAAGUCAUGGGCUCAGUCAUUCUCCUCCACCUUAUAUUGAUCCAAGCACAGGAAUUUUGAUUCACUCCCCUCAAUUCCGUACCCCUGUUGUGCCAAACCUGGGACCCGAAUGCCAACAGAUGGGUAUCACAGCUGAUUUUGGAUCCUUUGGAGGAAGACCCGCCCAAAGCGUUGCUGAUUGUACUUGGGAUUUCUUCGGAUGUACUCGCCGUCGUGGAGUUUGGCCCGCCAACAAGCCGUGUUGUCAAGCUCGAUUCGAUGCUUGUUGUUCCCAUGUCAUGGGCACACCCAACGGACCAUCCCAUUCCCAAUCUACAUCCAGGCCCUCAAGCAUUGGACAGGGAUCAAACAAUGGUGGCUAUCCACCCAUUCAAGAGGUUCACACCACAACCAGGCAACCCACCACCACCACUCCCCGACCAACAACAACCACUAGAACGACAACAGUGGCCUCGACUUCACAACGACCAGGAUUUGACCGAGACGGCAAUCCAGUACGAAUGAUUGAUUGCAUUUGGACGUAUAAUGGAUGCGUGAAACGUCGACAAAAGCCAGAUUCGCAAUGCAAAUCCGAGUUCAAUGCGUGCAGUAUGAUCGCCAUGGGAAUGGUACCUCAAGAGGCAUCAUCUUCAACAACUACUACAACAACAACGACAACAACGACCAAGAAACCCAUCCAAGACAUCGACCUGGCUGAGCUUCCCGAGUUCUUAAAACCACCAACGGAUUCUGAUACGAAUCAGAAGCCACCUCGACCCAUUCAGGAUAUUGAUCUCCCAUCCAAUCAAGAGGUCCUGGAAUUCCAACCCGGUUCUCAAGAUUCAUUCCAACAUAACGAUCUGGCUCUAAAUCAUCCAGAAGGCUUUGGAUCCAAUGAGUUCUUAUCUUGUUUACUACGACUUCAUGAUUGUGAAGAGAAUGGAAUAACCAACUGCAGAAACGUGCAAAGGUGCAAGAAUGAAGGACCGAUUUUCUCGCCGAUCGAAUCGGAGGGCGGAGAACAAGUUGGCUCCUUUGAACCGGGUUCCGGACCUACUGACACUCCAGAUGAUUGUAAAAUGUCGUUUCACAAUUGUGGAUUGACCAAGACUGAGAACGAUUGCCGACGAGAAUUCAGUAAAUGCUCUGGAGGAUCCCAACCCGACUACGAGAUUUGUGCAGAUGUAGCGGAGCAUCCCCAAAACUAUCUCGUCCCUCAUCCAGAGGAUUGUACCAAAUUCUAUUCUUGCCAAAGUUUAGGCAUUGGAAAAGGCUGGAUCGCACAUCUCAUGGAUUGUCCAGAGACAACAGGAUUCGAUGAUCAGCUCAGGAUUUGCAAUUUUAUCCGAGUUUUGCCGCGGUGUCAGAAAGGCGAGUCUCGGGCAUUCCAACCCUAUCAAUUUUUGAGGACUUUCCACGCUAAGCAGACCCGGACUGAAAAUAUAUUGGAUCAAUACGAGCCUCAAGUUGGAUAUUAUUCAACCAAUAACGUCACUUACUCGGCCCAGAGCCAUGGGGGGACACUUAACAAAUCUCCCUGUUUACUAGGCAUCGUCCUGUCUUUUAUGGUUGUCUUUGCAUCCAAGAGUCUUUCCCAUAUGCUUUAAAACACGAACGAAUGCUAAAGCAGCGAUGAAGGGCAUAUUCAUAUUCCGUUAAAUUUAAUCAAAAAACAAACACACCGGUGAAUACUACUUUGUUGUCACCGAACCACAAUGCUCUGUUUACCAAGGGGAUUCUGUCGAUAUCAAGUGUUCUUUUCAUGACUAACCCAACUUCUCACAUUUGAAUACGUGUUGAUACUCAAACAAUAUUAAUACUUAGCAAUCACACUGAUUGGCCAAUCAAUCAUUAGUAAGUUACCUUUGAAUGUGUUACCAUAGUGCUUAGUUUUUUUUGGAAUAAAGCGACAUUAUUACUUUACUAAAA